CAAUUCAAAGACAUUUAUUUGUUUUCGAUGUCUCUCUGCCCCAAAAAUAGAAAGCCAAAAAUAUCCGAUUCUCUUAGAAUAGCAAACCACCAUUCCAUCAAUAUAUCAUCACAUGUAGUGCAUGCUCAACUAAUGCUAUUGCUGGUCCCUUCUCAACAUUUUCAACUCUCUUUUUAUUCUUAUUCAACAAUUCUCUAUUAAUAUAUGUUCCAUACAUUUGUAUCUGCAUUGAAUAUAUGGCAGUGGAAGAAGGACUUUGAAUGUUAGGAAAGAACUGAUCGAGUGAUGAUGGCAAGGUGGUAAAAAAGGGUUUGUGACCACAAUUUUAGCUGCAUCGUCAAUGUUUUUAGAGUGUUCAUAACCAUAAUUGUGGCCGCAUCAACUUUAUUUGUCUGAAGUUUUUUGCAAUAUCAAGAAACGCGACAAAACUACUACCAUAAGUUAAAACCCUAGCUAUGGGUGUUCCACAAACUCCAAUUCCCUCUCCACAUCUCUAUCCACAAGAACUUCAGCUUAAGCUUUACCAAGCCUUCAUAUUCUCAAUUCCCAUACUCUUUUCCAUCAUUUUGGUUCUUUUGUUUUACUUGUUCUACCUCAAAAGGAGGGCUUCCUCUCUCUCAUCACCACCUCUCCACGUACUUCCUAGAACUACUAAUCCACAAACUACUGAUCUUUAUCCUUCACAACCUUGCCGUUUGGAUCUGACAGUGCAAUUUCUGGACAAACUUCCAAGAAUUUUGUUUGAUGAGGAUUUAAGAACAAGAGAUUCAGUAUGUUGUGUUUGCCUGGGAGAAUUUGAGCUAAAGGAAGAGCUGCUACAGAUCCCUUAUUGCAAGCAUGUGUUUCACAUAAACUGCAUAAGUAACUGGCUGCAAUCAAACUCCACGUGUCCACUUUGUAGAUAUUCCAUCAUUCCCACUACAAAGUUCCUUAAUCUAACACCACCUAUUGUAUCAGAACCACCACAGCAAGGUGGUGUUUCAGGCUCUCCAUCGCACAUCAUCAUGCCAUUGCCUCAUCAACAAGAAGAUGAAGUUGGUGCUUCCACAAAUACCACCAUUUUUCAAGGGAGUGGUGUCUUAAUUAGAUCAUGAUAAUACCUUUUGAAGUGAAACAUCUGUAAGCUAUUCAAUCGACCCUCAUGAAUCUAGAGUUCUGAAUAUCCAAUUGAACAGCAAAAGUUACAUCAUUUUUUUUUUCGGUUUUAAGAUAUCGCGUGAAUUAUGUAUUUAAAAAAACAAUAAUUUAUGAAAUAAAAUGUGGCCUUUCUUUGUCUACA